AUGAAGAUCGUACUAAGAAACCGUAAACACUGCUAUGUUGCUGAUCCAUGCAGCAUUAAAGUGUCUGCCAAGAAAGUGGGUUCUUUACUGGGGAAGAAUGGCCUGAACCUGCUGGUGAAUAAUGCUGCUGUGUUGGCAUCUGGCACCUUGCUGAACAUCCCUGUUGAGGACAUGCAGACCACCUUCAACACCAACAUGACGGGACCUUUAGUAGUCAUUAGGGAGUACCUACCAUAUCUACAAACUGCAGCCAAAGCCAGUGGGACACCAGGAAUUUCCUGUGAUAAAUCUGCUGUCAUCAACAUCUCCUCUACAGGGGGCUCCAUAUCUAGCAUUCUUUCUAUGUACGCCCAAUUUCCAGUGUUGCCUUAUAGCGCGAGCAAGGCAGGUCUUAACAUGCUGACUGCAUUAAUUGCAGUGGAGUUAAAGCCAGAUGAGAUCCUCUGCAUGGCCCUUCAUCCAGGAUGGGUGAGGACUGACAUGGGUGGAGAAGAUGAGUUAAAUCUUGAAGUGAGAGAAAGUGUGGAGGGGAUGCUGCGUGUCAUUAGAAGUCUUACUGAGAAUAAGCAUGGUGGAUUCAUGGACUACACUGGAAAAACUCUGCCCUGGUAA